CAGGCUCGAGAAACUGUUACAAAUGCCAAAUGAUCGACGACGCGAUGGUCACACGUUACGAAUUUAUCGUCACGCUUCUCCAGUGCUCACAGCAUCCGCUGUGGGGUCCUCUCUCUCUCUUUUCAACUUCCAUGGGAGAUGGAAGACAGGCAAAUUAUUCCAAUUGCCUGCAGAUUCAUUCCGUACGACCAAUGGCUCGUAACUCAUGUCGACACUUCAUGGAAAAUAUCCCAACUGAAAACAUGGUUCAUUGCGAAAUGUAUCUCCACCUCGGCGUCUACAAGUGUCAAUAUCGUCACCUCGGCAUUUCCUUUCCUCAAUGUACCACCAAAGCCUCGCCCUAAACCAUUGAGAAGGCCAGCUUCGCCGAUCGUUUUCGCCCCAGACCCGCGGCCUAAGCCCAGGGCCAUUUCACCGAUACGAUUCGCACCGUUGGGCUCACCCAGAGGGUCUAUUUACUCUUCUAGAGAUGGAAGCUCGGAUGAGGAAGGGACAACUAUAGCGAUGGGAUACGAAGUCGACGACGAAUCGGGGGAUUCUGACGGUGAUUUGGCUCCCAGCGGGGGGCAACUUGGAAGGACGCAAUAUUUAUCUCAUUUUGAUCAUCGACCGAGCACUGCUCGAUCUGUUACCAUUGAACAAGAUACCCACACAAACCAACCACUGCCUCAUCAAUGUCGUCCCGAGCAUCAUUCAACUGUCCUGCCGAAAACUUGCGCUUAUGACAUCAGGAAGCUUAUGCUCAUCCGAUUCUCGACUGGUCAGCUACUAGAGGACCAUUUUCGUGUCGACGAUUGUUCACUCUCGCCCUACGAACUUAUUGAAAUCCAUCGUGUUGGAGAGGUCUUCACGCUUCCUCGCACUGUCAUCGAACAGUACGUUCAGCCGUAUUGGGAGGGCUGGGUGAAAAGUUUACGGGUCGUAGCGAGGGAAUCCCAGCAUCAUCCAUCGAAGAAAAGCAAAGGGAAGCGCCUCGAGAAGGACCGAGAGAACGAACCUAGCGGGAGAAAGCGAAAAACGAGAUUGGAAUGGCGGGAUCGUUGGGUGUUCGUGAAAGAUGGAGUCUUGAACCUGAGAAAGAACCGCUUGGACCCAAAUACAGCCCAGCUUCUCCCGCUUGAUUCUCUUGUGGAAAUCAGAGGCUCUGAACACAUUGGCCGCUCUAUUACUGCCAGUAGUGGGAAUCCUCCCCACCAGCAGCGGAUCAUCUGUGCGAAAUUCCGCUCCAGGGUACCUACUACUCGGUUCGCAGAUCAAGGCCCACAUUUUAAUCGCAAUUUACGCCCUGCCCAUCAUGAUCACCACAUCAACAGAGAUCCGACUAACUUCCAGGGCGACGAUUUACAGUCCUUAGCGACUCGCCUCGCUUCACCCUUCACUCCUUCCCAGAAUACAUUGUCAUCAAGGAACCAUGUCAAACAGCGACAUGCUCAGCCUCCUCCGCACAUGUUAACAUCAUCCUCUACAACAUUAGUAUCGAGUACUGGUUCAAAAACGAAUACCAAACAUGCCAUCAACGAGAAAACGUCGAACAGUUCGAUGUUGACUACUACCACAGUUACUACCCCGAGUUCUGUCGACGCCUAUAUGACGCCUUCGUCGAGUGGUUACCGCUCUACGUCCAAGAAAGGUGCAGGAACAAGAGCAACCAAGGACGAAGAAGGUGAAGAGGAACACGAGAACGUUUCGGUCGACGAAACGGGCCUCGAGGCAGAUACAACGAGAGGUCAUCAUCAUAUAUCCUCUGAUGAGGACGACCAGGAGGAACAUGUUCAUCCUCAACAGAACUUUGAUUCCGAUAACGACAAUUCCCUCUCAUCCUCGGGUUCCCUUUCAUCGCCUGUAUUCGCGCAUAGUGAUGAUUCUGAUAUGGGUAUUGGGAACCCUGACGAAGGUGGAUUCGGGUAUGGUGCUCAUGGGUGGAACUCCGGAUAUGGGUUCGACAGAGGGGCUAAGUUGAGGAAGAAAAAGAUGGAAAAGGUGCAGGGGAUGCGGGGUAACGAUGAGGAUGUAGAUGAGCUUGGGGAAGGUAGUGGUGGAACGACUCAUGAGCCGUCCAACGAAGAUGGUGGUGGUGGGGCAGAUUCGAGUUUUGUUGUCAUUAAUGCCAAUGAUGUGAUCGGCGACGAGAGAGACAAGGAGAAAGAAAAGGACGUUAAGCCCCCCAGGAAGAUUCAUAAGAAGGAGAAGGAGAAGGGGAAAGAGAGGGUGACGGUGACGGUGACAGAAAAAGAACGGGAGAGGGAGAAUGAGAGACCAACGCCCUCCGUUCAAAAACCAAAUGACAGUGAGUGGGUGGUGCUGGAUUUGGGGGAUGAUCAUGCCUACAAAUCCUUCCUUCGCAUAUUACAUCGUCACGCACCUUAUUCGAUCUUCUCUUCAUUCCUCUCUUCCUUGUCGUUACCCCCCAUGCCAACUCUAGGCGCAUCCUCCCCGUCCACGCCAAAUCCAACGCCCGUUCAAGGCUCCACGCCUACCACCAGCCCUAUCGUCUUCGCUCCAGCCCCUCCUGACCAUCGCAGGCGUCAGACGGACUACGAAAUCGCUGCCAUUGCAGAUCCUGCUCCCACAUCCGCGUUUAAGGAUUCCGAGACAUUCAGGCUCCCUCAGCAAGUCUCCGGGCUUCUUGAAGAAGGAACGAAAUUCCUAAACACCUUUGGCGCACUUCCAUAUCCAGAAUGGAGAAUCGACCUCGUGACGAGGGCGAGGAAGUGUGGUUUGGGUGGUGUGAACCGAGGAGUAGAAAUGCAUCUGUGGGGUGGCGAUUUGAGUAGUUUUGAGAGUGGUUCUUUGAACGCUAGCGAAAGACGGGCCUCUUCUACUCUCAGUGUGAAUGGUUCAUUGGAACUGGGUAGCGAGGAAGAGAGUUUGAGAAGGAGGAAGAAGAAGAAGGCGGAUAGGAAGUUGACGUUGGAACAUGAAAAUAAGGCUAUCGGGCUUGAGAGGACUGAGUCGGGGUCAUCUGUCAUUUCGAAGAGGAACAGUAUCAGUAAGCGGAAAUCGCGGGGAGAGCGUGCAGAGGGAGAAGACGACAUCUACUUUUCCGCUGACGACGGCAGUGGGAAGGGGAGUGGGAGUGAAUCGUCGGAGUUGAACGGGGUACCUGAUAGCGAUGACAACGAUAGCGGCGAAGAGAGUAGUGACGCAGAGUGGAUGGGGUGGAUGGCUGAUCUGUAUCGGCAGUCCACGGUUUAUAGAGAUAAUCGGAAGAAACGGAAGGAGACGAACGGCAAGGCUAUGGCCAUUCCACAAGCUGAGAAGGAGGUCUGGAUCCAGGAAGAUGGUUAUCGGUUGGCACAGAGGGAGCGUAUGGCGUUGGAACCUACGGGGGUGGUCUUGAGCCCCCAAUUGCAGCUGCUACCAGCUGCCCAGGUUUCGCUAGCGUCCACUCCUCAACACACACCCGCGCCUUCGAUCACUAACGCUUACGCGGACGAACCACAAUCGUAUUCUCAACAGUAUUCGACAACAAUAGGUACAACGAGACUCUCAUCACCGUCAUCGAACGAAAGCCUUUCAAGGCCACGUGGUAGACGACUUAGCUUUGGUAUGAGUUUCUCUCCGCCAAUAUCAGACCCACACUCGCAUCCGUCGUACACUUCAUCUCCUGCUAUCACGCCUUCUUCAUCACAUCAUAACCACAAUAGAUCGAACUCGCAAAAAUUUACCUCGGGUUUAUCGCAUUUCGCUUCCACUGGAGGCAUAGGUUCGGAAUUCCGCGAGCGCGAGUUUGUGAGUGGUAGACGGCCUAGUAUGCCUACUCUCGCAUUGGCUGGGCACACGACUUGUCAAGAUUCAUAUUCAAAAGCUCAUUCCACGGUAUCGUCACCUCAACCGUCCACGGUGACAUUUAUAACCGCCACCGCCGAGCCUUUGGCUGAUACACUCAAUGACAAGGCCAGUAGGCGAGCAAGUUUGACCAUGAGCUCUCUUGGGAGGUCAUCUUCUAGGCGUAGGAAGAAGGAGCUGGAGAGCGAGAAGGAGAAAGAUAAAGCGAAGAAGGAGAAGGCCAAGGGUAAGGAGAAAGAAAAAGAAAAGGGCAAAGAGCGGGAGAAGGAGGAGAAAGAAAGGAAGGGAAAGGAAAGGGAGAAGGAUGAAACCGCUCAAACCGAUCACUCAGCCGACCUUGGAAAGACUACCGGUAAAGUUCGGCGACCACGCUUAUCUCUGUCCACCGGCUCGCGUCAAAACCUAUCUAACCUCUCUCAGCAACAACUACCAUUCUCGCAAAGUCCGCCACCAACGAUGCAGAGUCAUGUUAUCAGAAGGAUGAGAAGCGGGUCAAGUUUGUUGUCUGGUGGAGAACUGGAGGGUGACAGUCACGGGAGGGGUGUCAAUAAUCCUCAUCCAGGGGUCAAAAAGAGGAAAACGGGGCUUGUGCGGGAGGUUUCUAUGAGAGCGGAGAAGUUGGUGCAAGGACUGGAGUCAGCCUUGGAUUUUGUGGACGGAAGGUAGUGACAUGUUUUUCUCUCUUUUAUUGAGUGGGACCAUUUUAUCGUAGACUGUUGUAGUUUUAUCGCAUUAUCCGCUAUCGUGGUUUGCUUCUCCUUCCUCUGUGUUCGCUACCUGUUCUCUCCUCUGGAUUGUCUCCAAAUAGCUAGCUAUCUGUACCUUAUCACGGCAUGUACUCAUACCUGUUGCAAGUUAGAGAGAAGAUACCUGUACGACUUCAACCGCCAUUUGUCCUCCAG